AUGUCUGACACCACGGAGAACAUGCGGGGUACCCGCAACACGAAUACCCGCACCGGCACGCCCAAUUCAAUCCCUCCCGUAAACGCGCCCAUAAGCCCACCCUCACAACUUGACUCUAUAUCGAUAUCGCCAUCGAAUCAAAACAAUUCCCCCUCCAUUCCCCUAGACUCGAAUUCGAAUCCCGCCCCGACUUCGGCACAGCCCUCCCUUGCGCAACGCGUCCAGAACUCCGCGACGGGCCUUGCGCGCAGCGCAUUCUCGGCUCAGAAUCCACAUUCUGGUGCAGCGCAUGUAUUAUCUGAUUCGAUAAAUGGCAAGGCUGGUUCGGGUCCGGCUUCAGGGCCAAGUACAGGUACAGGCUACCUAGUCAGCCAAGAAACCAGAGGCUCUGGUUCUGGCGCAUUGGGACAAAGCACUAGUACUGGAGCACUCCAAGAUGGGUUCCGUAAUACAACGGAUGACCCUCGUGGAGAUGGAGCUGUACAAGGCGGAUUUUCGAUUCCAGCAUUGAGCGCAGAGAAAUUCCAGAAUGAAUAUGGGUAUGAGGAUGCAUUGGCACAAGCACAGGAAUCUACAGACCUAAGUACUGGUACCGGUGCCCGAUCGAGUGCUGAGAGUCUCCAGUCCCCCGGCGCAGGGAAGUGGAAAGGGAAACAGCGUGCACAAGAUCCUAUACAAGGGGAGUACACCACUGCAUGGCAACGAGCGAAUGCGAAAACCGGCGUAGAUACGCUGUCAAGUACUGCAGACACAGACGGUGCAGCAGUUGUAUCGCUCUUAUCUGAUAGAUCAUUUGAUGCUAGCUUCAUUACGGAGUUUAAUCCAGUUUUGGAUUUAGAUUUGGAUCCGGAUGCUGCGCCUCCACCUCUAACGACAGAAGAGAUCAAGCUCUUGGAAUCCUUCCGACGAGAAAUCGCUCAAGAGAAAAACGCCGGUAACAUUCCAUCUACACUGCCUGUGUCCUCGAAUCCGCAACUCUCAUCCUUAAGUCUCGUCCCGGAUAUCGAUACGUUUCUCCAACAAAAUGAUCCUGCUGGAUACACUCAAUCCCACGGAAUCAAAACCGCAGGAGUAAACACAUUCCUCCGUGAUGAUGUUCUUGCGAACCUUCCAGGCGCAGAAGAUUGGGUUAGUGUUCAUGAGCGAUACCAUGAUGAGGUAUGGGGAUAUCUACGUCCGGCACUUGAAGCUGCUAAGACAGAGAUGGAGGAAAAUAAACAAAGCGAGGAAGAUUAUGAGGAUGGUCCUGCUGUUCGACGGUUGAAGAUGAUUCUGAAGCAUAUGAAGGCUUGA